AUGCCUUUCCAAUACCAGAUCGGGCCGUUCCGGGCCCCUUUGCUCCCUGACGACGAGAGUAUCAGCUCGGCUCCAUCCAAGCUGUCCUACAAUUCCAACGCCCUGCUAGACAAGUCCCCUUUCCUGCUCCGUACCAACAGCUUCGGCUCGACGGUCACCUCGUCGAAGACUUCCUACAACGCCGAGCCGCCGCCGGUCCGAGCCCCCUUCAACCUUCUGCGUUCCAACAGUCGCCGUUCGGUCGCUCCAGAGAAGACAUCCUACCACUCUCUGCAGGGGGAGCUAGGGGACAAGAAGGAGCAAGACUUCUGGCAGCACACACGGAAAUCGUUCUUUCUCAAAAUCGGCGCUGUCUUCGUCCUGCUGCAACUGCUCUUCCUGGGAAACUUGUCGUACCUCUAUGGGUCUCUGUGGGGGUCAAACGGCCGUGUGUCGUCGUUGAAUGUCUUGUGGCUGGACCUCGACGGUGGAGUGAUUGGUAACUCAGUAAGCAGUGCUUAUGAGAGCCUUCGCGGGCCCGAGUUCCCUUCACUCGAGAAGCCUUCCGGAAACGAAUUCCAUUCUGUCGCCGAGGCGCUGGACGCCGUCCGGUCUGGAUCAUACUGGGCGGCGUUUGUGGUCAAUACCAAUGCUUCGGUCAGACUUGCUCGUGCCCUUGCCGGUGGCCAGGCGGCGCAAACAUACCAGGCCUCUGACGCCCUGACUUACAUAUGGAACGAGGUCAGAUACCCUCCGUUCUCGGACGAGGCGUUGGAGGCCAAUUUUGAGCUGCUGGCGCAGGUCGCCGAACAGGAAUAUCACCACAGACAAGGCCAAACGGAAGUGCAGAAACUGAACCGAAACGAUACUGCGGCCGUGCAGGUCCUGUUCCAUCCGAUCGGAGUCUCUGCCGUGAACAUAAUGAAAACCACAAACCCAACCAGGCUUCUGUACAACACGGCAACGAUGGUCAUGCCGGUUCUCGAACAGUUCUUUUUCGUGUUGAUCCUGAAUGGACUUUCUGACGAACUGGGCAUAUACAAAAAGGUGCCCGCGACCACAACUGGGAUCAUCCGAGUGGCAUUUGCCUUUAGUUACACCCUCCUCUCUGCACUCGGGAUGACCGCGUACAUCUGGGCAUUCCGGGAAACAUGGUCAGUGGACGGGGAGCAGUUUGGUCUGACCUGGAUGACCUUGUGGUUGCUUCACUCGGUGCACUUUGUCGUUGUCGACACGGCGGCCGCGUUCUGGCCUGUUCCCGUCAUGCCGUUCUUCAUUCUGACUUGGAUCGUUCUCAACCUGUCGAGCUCCGUCAGCCCGCUCGAGCUCAAUGCAGACUUUUACCGCUGGGGCUAUGCGCUCCCGGAUAAUGAGGCGUAUUCGCUCCUGACAGACAUUUGGUCCCAUGGCGCAGUGCCCGUGCUCCAUCGCGCUCUUCCAAUCUUGUUCGCCUGGCUGCUGGUUGGCUCGAGCGCAGCUAUCUUUGGCCACUUUCGUCGCUGUCGGCUUGCUCGUGAUAAGUGA